UGCAGAGUCCAGCGGCCCCACUGCUCCGCAGCUCCGAGCAGCAGCAGCAGCCUCCCGUGUGCAGUGACCAUGAUCUCAGGGAAGACGGUCAAAUUAAUCGUGUAUGAGGUGCUGCAGUUUGCAGCUCUCAUCGUCCCCGUCAUUGUCAUCAUGGAGAGAUUUGCCCGCGUCAUAAGUCGCGUGAAUGGACAGGAUGCAACAGCUUACUGGCUGGUGGUGGCCGUCUCCAUCGCCUACGUAACCUCUGUGACCCUGCUGGUGUGGGUUCCGCUCAAGGUUGUGAUCCUGAAGCAGCGGAGGUUCAUCACAGAGAUCACACAGUGGAGGCCGACAGCGCUGGCGUAUCUCAUCCUGUGUACGUUACCGUGUUUUGUCAUUAUAAUGACCAGCUCCAAGGUGGACUUCGAACCAACAUACGACCAUUUCGGUGAGUUGCCUGUUUCCUUGGUGCUUUUCUCCCUCAUCUGUGUGGACAUCAUAGAGAGGAUACGACCCAGCAAGCUCAAAGGAAAAUUCACCAACCGGGACUAUGACUUGGACAUGUCAGGCCCCGUCCUCACCAACCUGGAACAGGUGACCACGGUAUCAGCCCAGCUGCACACUUCAUCCCACGAAGGCCUGAACGGUUCAACCCAAGACCAGCCAGAGGCCAGAAACGGCAGCGUGUACAACGCACGGCAGGACCUUGCUGACUCACCCAGGCUUCCACCUCCGAGCCCCCGAACUCCCAACACUGCCUACCUGUACUAUAACUCCCGUCCCCUGACCUACUCAGGGCCCCUGCACAUCCUUUGGAAGAAAGAUGGAAGGUCAGAAGUGUUUGUGGAGAGUUUUCUGUUCUGGUUAGACACUGUGGAGAUGCUGAGAGUGGCAGGAGACCCAGAAGUCUUCAGCUCCCCCUGGAUGCUCCCCGUCUACAUCUUCACCUUCCUCUCCACCUUCCGUUUCAUCAUAACUCCUCACAGUUCUCUGUUGUCUUUUGCUGGAGUUGCUCUGCAGGAUUUUCCUUUCUGUGUCAUCCGGAUUGGUCUGAUUGCCAAGUUUGGCUUUGUGACACCUUUGUUGUAUCCACUGAAAAAUCUUCUGGUGAGCCUGACUUUUAUCUACUUCACAUUUCUCACAAAGCUGAAGAUUUUCAGCAGCCAGAGCAUGUUUUGAGGAGGAGUGGUGCCGCCUGUCGUUGAUGAAGGAGCCGCUUGCUUUGUGGAUGUGAGAACAGUUGGUAUCAGGACCAAAGAAACUCUUACAGCGUGUUUUUGAAUUCUGCUGGCUUGUAAUAUAAUGAACAUCAAGAGUAUUCAGUUUUAAAAAACAUAGUUGCUGGACUUUUCAUUUCAUUUUUCUGACUUAUCUGAAUCCAGAUGUAUUUAUUGAUACUGAAGUUGCUGUUUAUUUGCCACAUUUUAUUUUUCUUUAAUAAAUCUUUAUUACCACAGUGCAAAAAAAGAAAAAUGAUCUAUCUUGAAUAAAAGCACUUUAUUUCAACACUUGUUUAAAUAUUUUGAUGCUGUUUGUAUUUUCACUAUUUUGCAAAAUGGCCAAUUUGAAGGCAGCUACCAUGCGGCUGAUCGCUCAACUGUGCAAUCAAUCUCAGUUGAGUCAACCAGAACUUUCCUAUUUUUAUUGAAUCUGUCCAUGUUUAUGUCUGGAGAGACGAGGAUAGACAGACUGCAGGUUACCUCCUACCGAAGGGCCUGCGGUCUGAAGGUUUUCUCUUCAAUAUCAAACAAAGCGGACAAAGUGGUAUUACAGUCGUGCCAGCCCAUCACCGCUCAGGACAGUUUUGUCAGUGGCUCUUUUGUCAGCACAGCAGACCUGUGGUCAGAAGUGAUGGUUGUACAUAGAGUACCUUUGACAGUAGGAUUUUUUCAUUUGUAUAUAUAUCAUCAUCAACAACCAUUUUGGUUUUAUCCCUCUGAGCAGAGGCAUAGCCACAGAGGAUCACAGUCUGCACAUCAAUUUGGUCCAAUUUGUAUACCAGAUGCCCUUCCUGACGCAACCCCGCGUACACAGGCAGAGACAAGAAACCAUUCAUGCUCACACAUACAGUACACC